UAGAAUGACUCGCCACGCCCGCAACUGCACGGCGGGAGCCGUGUACACCUACAACGAGAAGAAGCGCGACGCGGCGGAGUCGGGCUACGGGACGAAUGCGCAGCGUUUGGGGAAGGAUUCGGUCAAGUCCUUCGACUGCUGCUCGCUGACCCUGCAGCCCUGCCGCCGCCCGGUGGUCACCAAGGAGGGCUACCUGUUCGACAAGGAGGCCAUCCUGCAGUACAUUGUGACCAAGAAGAACGAGUACAGCCGCCGGCUGAAGGAGUACGAGCGUCUGCGGCGCGCCGAGGAGGAUCAGCUGAGCCAGGAGGCGAACAGCAAGCAGCAGGCGCGCAUGGAGCGCUUCGUGAAUGCCGAGAAGCCAGCCAUGACCCCGGCGCACUCCUCCGCCGCCUCCUCCUCCUCCUCCGCCAGCGAGAAGCCCUCCACUUCAUCAGCGGCCUCUGCAGCAGCCUCCUCCAUCUCCUCCAUCUCCAACAUGACCAACGGGCACGAGAGGAAGCUGCCCAGCUUCUGGCUGCCCUCCGAGUGCCCCAAUGCCGGGCUGGCCAAGGCCCAGAAGCCCGAUGCCACCAUCUACUGCCCGGUGUCGCAGCAGCCGCUUAAAGUCAAGGAUCUGAUCGACGUGAAGUUUACGCUUUUGAGGGAUGGCGACUCCAAGAGGUCGCUGAUCGCCAAGGAGGCGCGCUACAUGUGCCCCAUCACCCACGAUGUGCUGAGCAAUGCGGUGCCCUGCGCCAUACUGCGUCCCACUGGCGACGUGGUGACCAUGGAGUGCGUGGAGCGGCUGAUCAGGAAGGACAUGAUCCAUCCGCUCACCGAUCGCAAGCUCAAGGACAAGGACAUCAUUCCCCUGCAGCGAGGCGGCACUGGCUAUGCAACCACCAACGACAACCUGUCGGCCAAGGAAAAGCGACCCAUGCUGCAGGUCUAAGGUCUAAAACCUUCACCAAUAAAAACAAUAGAAUUUAAGCCCUAGCUAGUUGAUUUAUCCAGG